AUGAAAACAGUAGCCCAACACGAACUCGAUAAUCAACUAGACGAAGCCAAGCAGAAAAUCAUCCAGUCAUUGGUCAUGUUUCAAAAAGAAGGAAGCGGUUGGAUAUUAGACGAGAUCCUUCAUCUUGACCUGAGCAUCGCUCAGUAUUCUCCAGUUAAAGGAUCCAGUUAUAUCCCUCUACCCAGCAAGCUAAAGACUAAGAAAGCUAUCAUAAACGUGAAGAAUUCUGAUAACAAAUGUUUCAUGUGGUCUAUCCUCGCCGCUCUACACCCAGUGAAACAGAAUGCGGAAAGAUUGCAUCAUUAUCAACAGUUUCAAGAUGAAUUAGAUUUGGCUGGUAUUGAGUUUCCUGUUACUGUUGACAAGAUUGAAAAAUUUGAGCGUCAGAACAAUAUUUCUGUGAACGUGCUUGGCUUUGAGGAUGUACUCUUUCCCAUCUACAUCACAAAGGAACACUUUGAUACCCACGUAAACCUAUUACUAUACUCCCAGGGAACAACUAGACAUUACUGCCGCAUCAAAGAUCUGAAUAAAUUACUCUACAGCCAAAACCGGAAAAAGGCUCGUAUGUAUUACUGUCGUUACUGUCUUCAUGGAUUUAUCCGAGACGAUCUCCUCCAAGAACACGAACCCCAUUGCUCUCAACACGGUCCACAACGUAUUGAACUCCCGAAUGAAGAUAAUGCUCAACUGUCCUUUAAAGACUACCACAAGCAGUUGAAAGUGCCCUUUGCAAUCUACGCCGACUUCGAAAGUUUUACCACCAAGAUCAACUUAGUUAAGCAAAAUCCUGAAAAAUCCUUCACUGAAAAAUACCAACACCACCAACCUUGUGGAUUUUCCUACAUUGUUGUAUCCGACCAUGCGAAGUACUCCGAACCACCCGUUGUGUAUCGCGGAGAAGAUGCAGUCGACGAAUUUUUAAAGUGUUUAGAAGAAGAGCAGAAAUAUAUUCAAGAGAAACUGGAUUGGGUCGAACCCAUGCGAAUUGAGAGAGAAGAAGAGCAAGCGUUUCAAGAUGCAGUCCAUUGUCAUAUUUGUGGAUAUGAAUUGGGUUCUGAUCGUGUUCGCGACCACUGUCAUGUUUCAGGAAAGUACCGUGGGGCUGCACACAACGAUUGCAAUUUGAACUAUAGUUUUACCGGCCGAAUUCCUGUUAUUCUUCACAAUCUACGUGGGUAUGAUUCUCAUCUCAUCAUGCAAGGACUCGGUAAACUCAAAGAGAAGAAGAUCAACUGCAUUCCAAACAACACCGAAAAGUACAUCUCCUUCUCCAUCGAUAAUUUGGAUUAUAUCGACUCCCUACAAUUCAUGAAUGCAUCGUUGGAGAAGUUAGUAUCCAAUCUAGCAAAGGACGGCGUUGAAAAGUUCCCCAUUCUCAAGAAAUACAUCGACAGCGACAAAAUAUCCCUUCUGCUAAGAAAAGGUGUCUACCCCUACGACUACAUGGACUGCAUAGAGAGAUUUGAAAAACCAAUCUUACCACCGAAGGAAUCCUUCUACAAUGUGUUGAACGACGAACAUAUUUCAGACGAAGAUUACGCACACGCGACGAAUGUAUUUAACAAGUUUUCCUGUCGGAACAUGGGUGAUUACCAUGAUUUGUACUUGACGUCGGACGUUCUUCUCCUUGCGGAUGUGUUUGAAAAUUUUCGAAGCGUAUGCCUCAAAGCCUACAACUUGGAUCCCUGCCACUUCUAUACAAGUCCUGGUCUAGCCUGGCAAGCGUGUUUGAAAAUGACUGAAGUCGAACUCGAGCUGCUGACCGAUCCAGACAUGUAUCUAUUCAUCGAAGAAGGUCUUCGCGGUGGAAUUUCAAUGAUUAGCAACCGUUAUGGUAAAGCUAACAAUCCAUACAUACCCGAUUAUGACCCAGAAAAAGAGACUUCUUACGUGAUGUAUCUUGAUGCUAACAACCUCUACGGCUGGGCAAUGUCACAACCUCUACCCACGGGUGAGUUUGACUGGCUAACCGACCAAGAGAUCGCAGAACUUGACAUCACAGACGUUGCUGACGAUGACGAAAAAGGCUACAUAUUGGAAGUAGACCUUCACUAUCCCUCCGAUUUACACGAUCUUCACAACGAUUAUCCUCUAGCACCUGAGAAAAUGAAGAUUCUUCAGAAAUGUUGUCACCAUACUGCCAGGAUCUGUCGGAAAGUUUGCAACUUCGUGGUGGCGCUGUAUCUAAAUUGA